UAUUAUUUAUUUCCAUAUGUUUCAGGUUAUAUAUCUAAUGUUGAUGUUUCUUUUGCUCUCCAUGCUGGCGAGCAAUCGAUUAAUCGCUGCAUACACCGUCUUCAAAAUUAUUGAACCGGAAGAGCCCAUCACCAAUGAAAAAAUGUACGACGACUAUCCGUAUCUUCGCGAGUUGGACAUGAGUUAUCAAACGACAUUCGAUUUCCCAGAGAAUCAGGUUCUCCUGGAUCACGAACGGCUCUCGGCAUACAUUUGCAAUUAUUGCGGAAUAAAAACAAUCUACAAUCAAACCUUAUGCAAACUGCCACACCUAACGCAAAUUGAGUUAAAAAAUAAUGCCCUACAAUACGUGCAUCCUGAUUCAUUCCAGCACAACUCCCGACUGGAUAAUAUAGAUUUAUCAGGAAAUCAGCUGGUUACGAUUAACUCACAAGCCACUCUUCGACAUAUAUCUUCAAUAUCGAUAUUGAAUCUGAGUCAUAAUAGGAAACUGGAUAUCAAUCGAGUGAAGCUAAAAUGUUAUAGAUUAAAGAUUUUUAGCUGCAGCAAUUGUGCAACAACUUACCUGCAUCGAAAUUCGUUCGCUGGUAUGCCCAGUCUGUCACAUGUUAACUUCAAGGAGAAUAUGAUUGAGCAGAUUCAUUAUGAUGCACUGGAAUCGUUAACAUAUAUGAAAACUCUUAAUAUCGAUGGGAACCGUAAUUUAACGAUGUUGAGCUUCACGUCGAAAUCUCUGAAACGGUUGAGUGCCGAGAACUGUCCACUGGAAGGUACUUUACAAACUUCACACCUGCCUGAGCUGGAAAGCAUCAAUGUACGGGGAAACCGUAUUACACAUCUGGAUGAGCUUAGCCUCGUGGCGUAUCGGAAGAUCAACAGUUUACUACUGGACGACAAUGAACUUCAAAAAAUUCCAGAGAUACUCAUAAAGCUACCACAGUUGCAGCGCUUAUGCAUCGACCAAAAUCUUCUGCAACCGUACGAGAAUAUCUAUGAAGCAACCUCGGUGUAUAACUCAAGAUUUUUAAGGCAGAAUUGUUCUCAAGACGAUGUCUUCUAUCACAGGUUUGAAUAUCAACUACCCAACAAAAACGGCGUGGCAAUUUAUAAGAAAAAAACAGUGCACAGUGUUUCCAAUAAUGAUGCCACAAUAGAUCUUUCAGGUCGGAAUAUUAUUUUCAUUGAACAAGAUUACCUAAUCGACUACCCAAAGGUAAAGGAAUUUAUUUUUGACAACAAUCACAAUUUUGACUUCAAGGAAUCGACGCCGUUCCUUAAGAGCAAUUUUGUUGAAAUUUUGUACAUGCGGAACUGCUCAAUUACUGCUCUCAACAGCUCUACAUUCAUGAAACUUCCAAAUCUAUCUUCCCUACAUCUUCAAGGCAAUCAGAUUCUAUCACUUCGAAGUACAUCAUUUUAUCCACGACAUGGAUUGACCUACAUCAACUUGGCCAGCAAUAAUCUCCAGUUGAUAUCGCUUACGACGUUUCAAUAUCUCAAUGAAUUGAAAGUACUAAUUUUGGACGGUAACCGUCAAUUUUUCAAAACUGACAGAACGCAUUUUCUUAUAAGCAUAUCGAUAAGCAAUCUAAGUUGUGAAAACUGUGGACUUGAACGACUGACCGACGAAACUUUCAAUAUGAUGUCAAACUUGCAAACGCUGAACUUGCAGAAUAAUAAUGUGAAAUCCUUCGAUCUCGAUCCUCUGCAAGAACUGGAAACACUUUGUAUAGAUGACGCAUAUCUUGACGAUACAACUCUUCGUAAACUUGAAGGGCACAUCGACCGUGUGACUGAGUUAGAAGCCGGCUGUCAGAAGAAAAGUUUAUCUAGACUAUUGAAAAGUAAUAUUCAUAGCAAAACCGUUGUUCAUGAAAUUGUUGGCACAACCGCAGCGAUAAACGCAACGAAGGAGACGAUCUAUGUGAAAUCUUUUGUUGAAACGAUCGCCAAGACAUCAGUUGGACAAGUAAAUAACAUUGAUUUAUUUGUGCUUCUGGCUUCGAUGCUUUCGAUAUGGUUCAAGCAAACUUAAGGUAAGGUUAAGAUCGGGUAAGAACCCAGACAACCACAAAAGUUGUGACUACGUACAUCUACACAACACCCAGACAACUAGAAAUCGCAUAAAAAUCGUAUACGUGCACAAAUUGCAUCACACCAGCACUACAUGCCGGAUGAAAUCGUUCGAUUGACAAGUUUUCUCGCACAAUAUGCUACAUUCAAAGUUUUAUUUGUCGCAACUUUUGAACUAUUCGUUUGUCUAGGUAUGCCCGGAUACGAAUCGAAAGAGAAAGAGUCAUUCUUUGUAAUGGCAAAGACCAAAUGUGAAUUGAUUCACACAGCAAAGAUUUCUGGAGGGACUAAGAGGGACUAGCACAAUUGUGCUGGUGCCGGCG